AUGGAAUGUGUGAAACGGUUCAACAAUUAUAUUUACCACACAUAUCCACAAGUGUAUUUUAAUACAUUAGACCAUUGUUAUUAUCAAUUUGUUGAAGUUAAAAAAGAAGAGUUUAAUAAAGAAAGAAUAGAAAUAAUAGAAAAAUGUAAUUCACCAUAUCUAAGAUGUUAUAUGAAUGAAAGUAAUAAAGAAAUCAUUUCAAUAAGAUUUUCAUUAAUUAAAGCAAAACAAAGUAUUAAAGAAUUUUGUGAAGAAACAAAAGUUAAUGGAGAAAUUAUAUGUAAAAUAUUUCUAGAAUUAAUUGAUGCAAUAGUGAUACUUCAUAAAAAUGGGAGUUUUCAUGGGAAUUUAAAUGAAGAAACAAUAUUUAUUGAUAAUAAAGAAUAUAACAUAUCAAUAGGAUCAAUAGGAUGUUUAAAUGGAGAAUAUAAAAAAGAGGAAAUGAUGAAAAAAGAUUAUGAAGAUAUUGGAAUUGUAAUGAUAAAAAUUAUAAGUAAAGAAUUUGAAAGAAAAAAAGGAGAAGAAAUAAUAAAAGAAAUAAAAGAAAAAAAGAAAGAAAGGAUAGAAAUGGGUUACAAAAAAUAG